AUGAGCGCCGCCGCGGGGUGGCAAGACGGGCACAAAAGCAAUGGGGCGAGCCACGAGGCGGCAAGCUUGGCGCACGAGCACCUCCUGCUGCUGACCGACCGCAUGGCGGUGGAGGUCGAGGAGCAGAGGAGGAUAACCAGCCAGAUGAUGGACGAGAAGCUCCGCGCCAUCACGGAGGAGGUGCAGGAGAGGCUCCGAAGGAUGAAUGACGAGAUGCAGGCUCAGAUGGAGAUGAGGCUGGAAAGCCAGCGGGAGGCGACGCAGGAUCUGCUCAGCAAGAGCGGCGAGAGCACCCAGCUUCUCGUGCAGAGCCACCGCAUGGGCAUCGAGGACAGGCUGAUGGCGCAGCAAAAAUGCUUCGAGGAGCGACUCGCGACGCUGACGCUGAGCUCGUCAUCGCAGCCGGAGCAGGAGCUGGAGCUCCUGACCCCGCGGACCCAGCAGGAUGAGGAGGAGGAGCGGCCCGAGUCCAUGACCGAGGAAGCCGCGCAGCGCCUGGAAGCCUUCCAGCUGCUGGAGUGGCGCGUGGGCGAGCUGCUCAGGCGUGAGAGGGCCGCCUUGCGGAACGCGACGUCCUCCCUGGUGCUGGCGCUGGAGCAGGACCGCGUGGACAGAGAGGCCCUGGAGAGCCGGCUGGAGCAGACGGCAGAGGCCUGCCAGAAGGCGGCCUAUGACGCGCGCUCCGCCAUGGACCUCGGCCUCGCGGACCACGCCUCGAUGGUGCGGGCGCUGCGCGAGGAGCUCAGCCAGCGGGGCGUCACUGGGCUUCCGCAGCAGCGCGCGUGGCUGCCUGCCGGGGGCGGUCGCGUCGGCAGGGGCGCGGGCGGUGAGGACGGGCGCGCGCGCUCUGACGCCGACGGGCUCCACACGAGCGCCAGGCAGGUGUCGCACGUGGCCAUGCUCGGUGGCGUGGGCGCUGAGAUCGCUCACCCGACGCUCCGCCGCCCCCGGCGCGCCAGCUGGAGCGAUCGCUCGGCUGCCGCCCGCGCGCCGGCGCCCCGCGGCGCUUCCGCCGGCCGCUGCAGCGGCCUCCGGCACCUGCGCGUCGGCCUCCGUGACGCGACCAAGAAGAGAUGCGGCACGAAGGCGCCAGGCGCGCAGGCCGUGUCGGAGGCCGUGUCGGAGACCGUGUCGGAGACCGUGUCGGAGGCCGUGUCGGAGCCCCCCCUCUCCAGUAUUGCCACCGUGCUCAGAGUAUUGCCGCCUGACCUCUGCGGCGCCAGUCGCGGCACCUCCGUCGGGGCGCGCUCCGCAAUGACCGCCGCCGCGCCUCCCCCGCACCACUCGGAGGAGUCGGCCCUCCUCUUCGUGCCGAGGAGGCUGGACCUCAAGGUGCGCUCUCGGGAUCGCGUCGGCGCGGCCGCCCCGAUGGCCUGGGACAUGCCGGGCGAGCACGGCAGCGGUCUCCCGGACGACCUGCACGCGCUGGAUGUGCCUGCGGCUUCCCGGGCAUGCUUGCGGGACGAAACGGAUUCGGACGCCUACAGCACCGUGGAGGCCUGCUCUCAGGAUGCCGCCGCCUUCUCGACGGAUAGCGAGUCGAAGGACGCCGAGCCCAACUCGCAGGAUGGCUGUGCAUACAAAGGCCCGAACCAGAGCGUGGGCGUGCUCAUGGGGAUCUUCCUCGUUCCGUGUACGCAGGAGCCUGGGCUGGUGGCUCACCGUCGACGGCGGCGUGGAGCUUGGAAAGCGAGUCCCGCCCCACCUCGCUGAUGCUCGUGAACGUGCCGGCACACUACACGGAGAAUAUGCUGAAAGGGACGCUCGACGCUUUGGGGCUGCUCUCGAGGUGCGACUUCGUGCACUUGCCAAUCGUGCAGGCGGCUGGAGACGCGCUGGCCCUGAACAUGGGGCACGCCCUCCUGAACUUCGUCACUCCUGGUGACGCAGAUUUCGCCCGCGAUCGCCUCUCUGGCCACGCUUGGGACAGCGGCCUGGGCCACACAUGCAGGCAUAUUCCGGCGCAGGUCAUGGACGCCGUGCCCCAGGGGUCUCAGGCGUGUGCGGAGUACGUCAACUUCCUUGCCUACGGCCUGUCCAGCAACAGCAGCCUGCUGGAUUGGCUGGACGUCCCCGCCCUCAGAACGGGCUCGCAGGCACCGCAAGUCUGGUGAGACCCUCCAUCCCCACGCGUGCUCAUGGAUCCCGCCAGGCUCACGGAGCCUCGGUCUUUUAAGCUGCACUGCACAUGCAGCAGCAGAGAGGGUCAGGGGACCCACUCUCUUUGCAGGAAGCAGUGGCAGCCCGAGAGGGUGGUGCCCCUGGCCCGAAGCGGGGUGGGACGAACCACUUUUGCGCGAGUGUGCGGAGGUCUUGCUCGAAAGCUGCGAGGGGACACGGCAGCGCACCCGCGGUGCCGUCGUGCCUGCCCGGAGGGCGGACGUCGGGGGGCCCUCCCGCGCCGCGAUCGUUCUCCUCGGCUCGCCCCGGGGGCCCGCUCUGCCCACGGCUGGGCGGGCUCUCGCGGCGCGGGCGGCUGGCUCGUAGGCUCGGUGCGGGCGGUCGGGAAGAGUUCGUCCCCCCCUUCUCCUGCCCCUGUGCCUCUUCGCCUCCUCCUCCGCGCCCUCCUCCUCCGUCUCCUCGUGUCCCC